AUGCGCCGCGUGGUAGUUACAGGGCUAGGCGCCGUCACUCCUCUUGGAGUAGGCAUUCGACAAACCUGGAACCGCUUACUCGCCGGCCAGUCUGGAAUCGUCAGCGUUGCUUCGCGACAGCCCCAGGCAAGAUGGAAAGAAUUGACCAGCACCGUUGCCGGCGUUGUCCCCGUUGGAAGUGAACCAAGCCAAUGGAGGGCCACAGACUGGCUUAGCGCCUCCGACCAGAGACGAAUGUCUACCUUCACACAAUACGCCAUUGCAGCAAGCGAGAUGGCUCUGAAAGACGCCGGAUGGGACGUGACGAGUGUGGACGACAUGGAGGCUACGGGCCUGUGCUUGGGUAGUGGCAUCGGCAAUUUGGACGAAAUAUACGAGACUAGCCUGGCACACCAUACCGAGGGAUACAAAAAGGUCUCUCCGUUGUUCGUCCCCAAGAUAUUAAUCAACAUGGCAGCGGGUCACAUCGCCAUGAAGUAUGGCUUUCGGGGACCGAACCACGCUGCCACUACAGCCUGCACCACCGGUGCACAUUCUAUUGGCGAUGCCUCCAGAUUUAUUGCCAUGGGCGAUGCAGAUGUCAUGGUAGCCGGUGGCUCUGAAGCAUGCAUUCAUCCACUCACAAUCGCUGGCUUUGGUAGAGCGAGGUCCUUGUCCACGGCCUACAACGAUGACCCGUCCGGCAGCUGUCGGCCGUUUGACGCAGAUCGCAACGGCUUUGUCGUUGCUGAAGGGGCUGCCGUUUGUAUCCUAGAGGAGCUGGAACAUGCCAGGGCCAGAGGGGCUCGAAUAUAUGCCGAAGUAAAGGGCUAUGGCUGCAGCGGCGACGCAUAUCAUAUGACGGCUCCCCGAGAAGAUGGACAAGGAGCAUUUCUGGCCAUGAAGAGAGCUCUGAAAAAUGCCAGUGUGAAACCUUUACAGGUAGACUACAUAAAUGCACACGCAACCGGUACACAAGUUGGAGACGUGGCAGAGGCGGCCGCCAUCCGGAGGCUCAUGCUCGGGCAGGAGGGGGUAUCGACAGAAUCACAGGUCACAGUGAGCAGCACAAAGGGAGCAAUCGGCCACUUGCUGGGAGCUGCGGGAGCCAUAGAGGCUCUUUUUGCCAUUCUCUCAAUACACGAGGGCGUUGUACCAGCUACACAGAACUUACACAAGCCCGACGUCGGCAUCAGCUUUAACUUUGUUCCCUUGACAGCCCAACAGAAAAAAGUCCGGGUAGCAAUGUCCAACAGCUUUGGCUUUGGCGGAACGAACAGCACGUUGGUGUUUUCGAAACUGUCCAACACUCGAGGCAUUCUGUAA